AUGAGCGUCGAUGCGCUGGGAAGCCCCGCGAUGGACCCUGCCUUCUCCAAACGGAACGCGGCGCUGAGAUUAGUUGACUUGGCGGGGGCUCACCACCACCUCCACCAUCAUCAUCAUCAUCACCGCCACCCUGCCCCUCUGAGCGUGACAGGCUUCCCGGGGUUCGGCAGCCAUCCGCACUCAAUGGCUCACGCGCACCCCGGGGAGAUGACUGCGGAACCCCGCCUGGGGCCGAGUCCAUUCGGGCCAGAACACAUGGGGCACUCGGCGGCCCUCAAAAUCAGCCCAGCCCAUCAUUAUCCCCACCAUCACCAGCAGCACCAGCCUCCGCACAAUCAGCACAUGGCAGGCCACAGUGAAGUGGUCUCCAGUCAGACGGGAGCUUUCGGGGCUACGCCGGUGCCCUACUCGGGUAUGACGCACCCGGCCCAGGCUCUGACCGCAGGUAGGGACUUCCUCCGCGCUAUGCCGGUUCCGGUUCUGGCGGACCACCACCACCACAACGCCAACGCUUCUCACCACGGAAUGCUUGUCUCGACAACAGGUAGCUAUCCGGCGCAUUACGGCCACGACGCCGGCAACCAUGCGCUCUUUCCCGGGCUCCACCAAGAGCAAGCACCGGCCAGCCAAAUCCGCUUGGGACUAUCGGGGGACAUGUACGUUCGCUCCGAGCAUUUGGCGGCGAGCACCCGAGCCGACGCCUUCUACGGAGGGCUCAAUCUCAACCUGGGCGCGCACCCCCACCACCACCACGCGCACCACGGAAGCGGCGCCUUCUUUCGCUAUAUGCGGCAGCCCAUCAAGCAGGAGCUCAUCUGCAAGUGGCUGGAGCCGGGAGAGAAGCGCUGCGCCCGGACCUACAGCACUAUGCACGAGCUGGUCACGCACGUCACCGUGGAGCACGUCGGCGGGCCCGAGCAGGCCAAUCACAUCUGCUUCUGGGAAGAGUGUCCGCGCGAGGGCAAACCCUUCAAGGCCAAGUACAAGCUAGUCAAUCACAUCCGCGUGCACACGGGGGAGAAACCCUUCCCGUGCCCUUUCCCUGGUUGCGGCAAAGUUUUCGCGCGAUCGGAAAACCUCAAAAUCCACAAACGGACGCACACAGGUGAGAAGCCGUUCAAGUGCGAGUUCUCCGGUUGCGACCGUCGCUUUGCCAACAGCAGCGACCGGAAGAAGCAUUCGCACGUGCACACGUCGGACAAGCCGUACAACUGCAAAGUGCGCGGCUGUGACAAGUCCUACACGCAUCCGAGCUCGUUGCGGAAACACAUGAAGGUGCAUUGCAAGUCUCCCCCGCCCAGCUCCGGCUACGAGUCGUCUACGCCGUCCCUGGUGUCGCCCUCGUCGGAUCCGGGCCGCGAGGCUCUACCGCCGGGAGGGGCCUCUUCAUCCUCUUCCAACGCCGCCCCCUCUGCCGCCUCGCACUCGGCCAACCUAAGUGAGUGGUACGUCUGUCACAGCUCUGGUGCCAGCGGGGCCCACAGUGGGGCCUCCACGCCGGACUCAGCAACCGAGGACGAGCCCCCGUAUAGGAACCGUGACCUGAGGGACAACUUUUAGACAAAAUAAAUUGAUUUAAUAAGACUUUUUUUUUUAAUUAUUAUUUUUCUUCCUUUUUUUUAAUGAACAAAAUCGUGUUCAGAUCAAGUUUGGUCGUUGUUUUACAUGCAAGGGUGGGCAAACUGUUGUGUUAAGUUCACGUUUGAUUUGGAAAAUGGACACAUGAUAGUUUUUUUGUUUGUUUGUUUUGUUUUGUGGGACUUUUCAGUUCAUGAAGAGAAAUGCAGUCCUCAAAUCAUCUUUUCAUCUAGACAAAUUGACAUAUUUAAAGUUGAGAUGAGGUUAAUAUAAGUUAAAUGAAAAGUAAAAUGUCAAAAUACAUCACAUUUUUCCCCCUCAGAUACGAAAAAUAAAGUAAAGCUAAGAAAUGUCCAUUUUUAAAUACGUAUAUACUUGUAAAAAAUUCUAGACUAUUGAAAUAAAUAUUUUUGAAAAAGUUGUUUUGCACUAUUUGACGUCAUUCAUAAACGAGGAAAUUUUUUGGUUUAUUUAUAUAAAAUAUUUUUUAUCUGUCCCAAAUGUCGGUUUUAAAAAUCAAACGUGGCCUUUUACAUAACUAAUUUGUAAUUAGAAAAUGCCAAAUAUAAUUCAUCAGUUGAUGUAUUGUUUACAGUAAAGUAAUUGAGCAGCUGAUUUAAAAUACUUUGUAAUUUGUCUUCUGAACCAUGACAUGGCAGGACUAAAUAUGAAUGUUGCGUGGCCUCCUAUGACCCGCAGGCCACCCUUUGCCUACCCUGAUGUCAUCUUUUUGGGAAUGCUUUGUGUGCAAUGCAUUUUUUUUUUUUUUUUUAAAUUGUAAAUACAGGUUUUUGCUGUCUUAAUUUAUUUUCCAUCUGGUUUUAUAUCUGAGAACCAAAAAGUGCACGUUAAGAAAAGUCCUGGAGGCCAACAUGUCCAUUUUGGAAAUGUUUUGUAAAUGCUGUAUAUUUUUUGGAGCUUUUGGAGUUUUUGUGGCCUCCUCUCGUUUGGUGAAGAGGCUCCAACUUUUUAAUUUGAUCUACUGAGCGUGAAAUUGUCAAUGUUUGAACACGUUUUAGUUGUUUUGUACCAAGUUGUGUUGUUCUCUUUUUAAUUUUCCAACAUCAAACAGCACUCAGAACAAAACUGCCUUAGCUUUUGGGAGACUUUUCAUGCAUUGUUGACGAAUUUACGUAAAGUGAUCUUCUUGAUACAUUUGGAAGAACUCAAACGUGCUUUUUUUCAACCUUUGUUGUUUGACUGUCUUUUUUCUCCCUCGCACUGAUUUUUGUGAAUUGUUUUUUGCUAAAAGGGAAUGUUGUUGUGUUAUCUUAUUUAAAAAGUAAUAAUUUUAGACGCCCUUUUGUUGUACUUUUCAUGCAGGAAAUUUUUAUUUGUAUUGUUUUUGCAGAAAUGUUUUUUAUGGUUGCUUGUAUU